AGUGCCAUGAGAUCUACUGAAGAGACUAUUUCUGUGGUUGCAUAUCUACAUGUGUUUGCACCCCUGCUGGGACUCAAUUAGGUGUCUGUCUGUAGGCAUCGGGGAUCAUCAGGUGUUGGAUAGCGACCUUUUUUCCAUUCAGGGUGUACCUGGCACAAGAACUGAAAGACACCACAGAUCUUUUUGAGAGACGCCACAGAGUGAGACAAUCUGCAUCCUUUCCCUUCUGUAACUGCCUGCUGUACCAUGGGAUGUCGGCAAAGCUCUGAGGAGAAAGAGGCAGCGCGGCGGUCCCGUAGGAUUGACCGCCACCUGCGCUCUGAAAGUCAGCGACAACGGAGAGAGAUAAAACUCCUUCUCCUGGGCACCAGCAAUUCUGGGAAGAGCACUAUUGUAAAGCAGAUGAAAAUCAUUCACAGUGGUGGCUUUAACUUGGAGGCCUGUAAGGAAUACAAACCUCUGAUUAUCUAUAAUGCAAUUGACUCUCUCACACGUAUCAUUCGGGCUCUGGCCACCCUUAAGAUAGAAUUUCACAAUCCUGACAGAGCAUAUGAUGCAGUGCAGCUUUUUGCCCUGACAGGCCCAGCUGAAAGCAAAGGUGAGAUUACCCCGGAGCUCCUAGGGGUCAUGAAGAGGCUCUGGGCAGACCCCGGUGUGCAGGAGUGUUUUUGCCGCUCCAAUGAGUACCACCUGGAGGACAACGCUGCGUACUACCUGAACGACCUGGAACGGAUCGCAGCUCUGGACUACAUCCCCACAGUGGAAGAUAUUCUGCGGUCUCGGGAUAUGACCACAGGGAUUGUAGAAAAUAAGUUCACCUUCAAAGAGCUGACUUUCAAAAUGGUGGAUGUGGGUGGACAGAGAUCUGAACGCAAAAAGUGGAUCCACUGUUUCGAGGGGGUUACAGCAAUAAUUUUCUGUGUGGAGCUGAGUGGGUAUGACUUGAAGCUGUAUGAAGAUAACCAAACAAGUCGAAUGGCAGAAAGUUUGCGUCUGUUUGAUUCCAUCUGCAACAACAACUGGUUUAUCAACACUUCCCUCAUCCUUUUUUUGAAUAAGAAAGAUCUGCUGGCAGAAAAAAUCCGACGCAUCCCCUUAACAGUCUGCUUUCCUGAAUACAAAGGCCAAAACACUUACGAGGAGGCAGCAGUCUACAUCCAACGCCAGUUUGAGGACUUGAAUCGCAACAAGGAGACUAAGGAGAUCUACUCACACUUCACCUGUGCCACUGAUACCAGUAACAUACAAUUUGUGUUUGAUGCAGUGACAGAUGUCAUCAUUCAGAACAAUCUCAAAUACAUUGGCCUCUGCUAAGAAUCCUUGGGCUUAAUCUGUUUUCCUGGAGUGAUAAAAAAGGGGCUAACCUCUUCCAUUUCUAGUGGAAAAAAAUUGGGCAACGUUUAAUAGCCCAGGGAGAGAAAAGGGGAAAUCUGAUACAUGAACACAGUUCCUCUUAUUGCCCCUUAACCUGCUACAUCAUUUCCCCAAAUAUUUGUUCUGGAGAGUGAGAGCCUCCUCUCCAAGAAAACAACACACCCCCAGCAAAAAAAAAAAAAAACCCAACCAACAACUCAAAAACCCCAAACAGAAACAAAAAAAGAGAUUGAGGCCUAACUCUGUGGAGAUGUUCCACCACAGUCACUGCACUUUUAUUCCAUUUGUUUCAUUCCAUUUCCUACAGUGGGAGUGUUACCAUGUUCUGUGUAAGAAAUGACUCUUUAUGCAGUUGUCCUAAAAUUUUAUUGACAUAAAAAUACGAAUCUGGUGAGUGACAGAUGAACUCAUUUGCAGGGUGUGGAGCAGAAUGCUUGUGUUGGGGAGAAAAGCUAGUUCAAACCAGAAGCUACUGAAUGAGAGAUUUUAAGGAAACUACUACUUAAAUUUGUAGAGAAUGGGCAUGUGCCCACAAUAUUGGUAUCCACAGUCAAGAGUAUGUACACAUCCAUCAUGUAUGCACAUGCACAUGACUCUCAGCAUAUACUAUGUACACACUUCUGCUUUACUUUACUGUUUCUCAUGGACACCUUGCCUAUUAAAGGAAUUGUUGGUGCACAACUGUUUUGUGAUUUCCAAACUGACUAGCAGCUCUUUCUGCUCUUUAUGGCUUCAAAUAUGCAGCAAAACUACACGAAAUGAGUCUUUGAAUAGGCCAACCUAGGUCGGUGUUUCUUUUACUGAUAAGGAGUUUUAUACAUCAAAACAGUCUUCUUUUACAUCUUUUUUUGCCAAAUCUUGUGGUGUUUCAUGAAAAACCAAAUUAUAUUUAAGAAGUAGGUUAGUGUUCCUUUUUUAAUACAGAUUUAAAAAAUAUAUCACAAAGCAAUUUUUUAAAUUAUUGUUGUAGUGUCUGGAUUGCUGAAUGUGAAAAUUGCCAACGGACAAUUCUGUUCCCCUGCUCCAAAUAUUUCUGGGUAUUGUAAUAUUGUAACAGAUUUCCCAAGAAGCAGGAGCCAUGAAGAUUGUGUAGUAUAUAGCCUCCAAAGUCUUUUUUUGUUGGUUUUUAAAAUUAUUUUUAAAAUGUGAUGUGUUAUUAGAAGGUUAAAGAUGAGCGAUACGAACAAUAACUAAAUGUCUUGAUAUUUCAAUCUAAUAAUUUAAAUUAUUUACAGUUUAGUGAAGUUAAGGAAACUGAAGAGAUGCAAUCUUCACCUCCAGGUUUCAUCUCAUAAAGAAACACUACUGGAUGGAGUAACAUUCCGGCAAAAGUUUGAAUGCAUAAGAAGCUCUGUGGGACUAUACUGGAAAAUCUCAUAUGGAUCAUAUAGACCUAAGUCUUUGGUCAGUUGGUUCUUUCCCCUGCCAUAGAAAAGACUUCUUAAAGACUUCAGUGUAAAGUUGGUGUGUAAAUAUAUGUUUGAUAACUGUAAAGCACAUACGUACACAGAGACACAGACACACAUGCACACUGGAAAAUCACCUUCUACUUUUGUUCCCCUUAUGUACUAUGAUUAGUGCAAGAAAUCUCAGCCAAGGGCUCUAAGAAAAUUAAAACAAAAUGGUUAAUAACAUCAACAUCUAAAUUGUCCACUUCAAAAAUAAACAAUUCAAAAUAUA